CACAUUUGGUUUAUCAAGAUUCUCGUUUUCUAUCAGUUCGUCCGGAACAGUCUGCAGAGUGGCUCUUGGGGAGUGGAAGAGUGUCAGGGAAGUUACCCCUUCCAGGGCAAAAAUGUUAACGUGUCGAUCGUGGUUCAUGCUGGAUAUUAUUCGGUUAAGACAUACACAUAAGUACCGGAUUUGCAACAAUAAAAACCAAUCGUGCUAGUAAUCAAAGUGAACGUGCGUUUUGUAGUUUAGAAACGAAAAAAAACUAUUAUAUUUGGGGCUUUAGAGCGAAACUUUGUUAUCAUCUGAAUCAAAACAUCAUGUUAAUGUUAAACCUCGUAAAAUGUCUUUUGUAUACAUUUUGUAAGAAAUUGUAUCUCCUGUUUUUAGAGUAUUAGAACUAUAUGGCAAAAGUCCUAAAGUAGCUAGGUUAAACUGGAAAAACAAGUUAUUAAGUACGUAUCUAAAAUUAGCAUACCGCCACGUUCCCUUUGUAUGACAUUUCCGUUGAUCUGCAUUGCGUACUCAGGUGAUGGUGAACUGCCGCCACUUCUGCGACUACAACCAUCGCAUCCAUCUAUACCGGGACCCGUAUCCGGGAAAUCGUCUUUGAGACAUCAACGGGAUACCCCCAUCCGGUGAAAGGCUGUUAAGGACACGUUAAAUAAAGUGUCUGCGACGGUUUCCAUUCCGCAUUAGCGUCGGAGCAAAGUAGCAGCUCAGACAUGAGUCAGAAGAAAAAUGAUCAAAUCCGGAGUAAACGCUCCCGUAUACCCCGGUAUUCCAACCGGAUCUUCUGGGCCUGUCGGGUCGAUUCUUCAUCCGCCCGUUCCGUUCGUACACAACGUGGGAACCGUCUAUCCGGGAAGGAUGAUUUUCAUCAUCCUAAUCCCAGCAGAUUCACCGUCAACUUCGAGAGCAAGCCGAACGGGCCGGACAUUGCCUUCCACUGCGACUUCCGUUUCAACUUCGGUGAGAAUCAUAACGUGAUCGUGCGCAACACGCAGACGAACAAUAAGUGGGGACCAGAAGAGCGCGCCGUCAGUAACUUCCCCUUGCUCCAGAAUGUCUUUUUUGAGAUGAUAUUCCUCGUGGAGCAGCAUUGCUUUAAGGUUUCAGAUAACAACGUCCAUCUUCUGGAAUACAAACAUGGGCUGCAGCCACUGAGAAAAUUAACGUUUCUGCGAAUAGAUGGUAUCGUCAUAAUCACGCAAGUGCGCUACCAGUGACAACAUUGAAAUCAUGUCAUUAGAUUCCACUGAACAUACCGGAGCGAUUGAAAACAUUUCAGCGAAUGAGUUUAAUUUUACUUAUUCGGAAUAGUUGUCCUUUUAAAGAUAUAUGUUAGCACAUGAAUGUUGAGUUUUUUUUACAUAACUAUGUAUUAGAUAUUGGUGUUUGUAUAUGCAUGUAUAUCAUCCUCACUAUGUGAAUUGUAAUAUCAUUGAUUAGGAAGCCAAAGAGAAUGUUAAUGUUGCGCUAAAUGCUAAGCUUCAUAUAUUGAAACGUAAGUUGAAACACGCUUGCAAAAGUUAAGCUACCCAAACAUAAGCCGCAUAAAAUGUUCGUUUUAGACGUCAGUCUUUGAGUGUAUUUUGUUCUGAGCUUGAAAAUGCGUCAUUAUAGUGAUAUGGAUCACGCUGAUUGAUUCACAUGACCCGCGCACUUAAAUAAGCUUUAUUUAUUUACUGACCGUUGGGGGGUUGAGAUAACAUUAUUUCGCUCGUACACCUUAUUUAUCAGAAAUAACAUUGAUCAAUUGACCACUCACGAAAGAAACGAUCGCUACGGCCACUUGGCUUUGUUGGUUAACAAUUGUUAUAACGUUCUUGCGAUAUUUUUUUUGUUUGUCCAAUACUUUGAUUGACAGCUAACGAUUGCCAAAUUCAGCUCAGAUAAGACCACCGAAAAGGUUGAAUAUUAUGAAAAUCUAAUGCGGGAUGAUGUCGCGUUUCAUGUUUACCUUUAUUCGUUCGCUUUUAUCAUAUUUAUCAAAGUCUUAUUAAAGGAUAGUUACUUUCUUGAUGCCAUUUUAUAACAGUCUAAAACAUAUUAUUGUUGAAUUGGUAAUACGCAAUAUGUUUCACACACGCAAGAGGAAAAUGGUCAGAUUGACACAUUUAACAGUUUGAGGAAUAUAAAUGGCUUACUUUUAAAUUUGUGUCAGUACCACAUUGGUCACAUAUUUUUUUUUCAGCUUAUUAAAAAAUUAAAAGUUAAUGGCUUUAAAAAAAUAAUAAGCGUAAGCGUCGUCUCAAACAUAAUCGUCAUAAGAAUUAGGCAUGCGCAUGUGAAUAUGAGCUACCAUAUAUCACACGUAAGUGACACGAAAUCCUAUGUUUAAGGCCAAAUACGAUCUGAGAUGUUUUCAGAACAGAUAACAGUUUGACAUUUGAAUUUGAAAAUUCGAAAUACAUUAUUACUCCAUACGAACGGUUAUCAGAAUGUCGCUGACAAAAGAGUGUUAUACUAUUAAAAAAACGUUUAUAUUCCAGUACGAAAAAAAACAUUCAUCACGCGGUUUUUAACAGUACCUCAUGUAGACGUGCCUUUUAUUACAAAAGGUGAACUUUAAUGUGUUCGAUUGAAAUUCAUAAUCGCAUGCAUGCUCAUCCAAACGCAUUAAACUUCACAUACACAUUCAUUUAAAGAUGGAACUAUGACGAAAGCAAAAUUAAAUUAAUAUACUUAACUUAAAAAAAGGAAUAACUCAGGCCUGUUCCGUUAUCAAAUAAGAAAACAUUAGGGGGAUAUGCCUGCUUUCGAAAAAUAAUCUGUUUUUUAUUUGGCGUACCCUAUUUUCACUUGGAAUUUUAAUUACGUUUAAAGUAUAACCGACGCGUUUCUGAACAAAUUAGUAAAAAAUGUGUAAAUGUAAAAGUUUAACACUUGUAUUGUAUUGCAAUAUUCAAGCACAUAGGUUAACUUUUUUAACCUAUCUGAAACAUUAAGGUUACGUGACAAAAUAAAAUAUUCCACCAACGUAU